AUGGCGUCCAGCUUCAAGAAGCCGAACUCGGCUCCCGCCAGCCAGAGGAAGAAGUCGGGUCCGAAGCCCGAACUCACUGAAGAUCAGAAGCAAGAAGUUCGAGAGGCGUUUGACCUCUUCGAUGCCGAUGGAAGUGGCACCAUCGAUGUGAAGGAGCUGAAGGUGGCCAUGAGGGCGCUGGGCUUCGAACCCAGGAAGGAGGAGAUCAAGAAAAUGAUCUCGGAGGUGGACAAGGAGGGCACGGGGAAGAUCAGCUUCAAUGACUUCCUGGCUGUGAUGACUCAGAAGAUGGCCGAGAAGGACACCAAAGAAGAAAUCCUGAAGGCUUUCCGGCUCUUUGAUGACGACGAGACGGGGAAGAUCUCUUUCAAAAACCUCAAGCGCGUGGCCAACGAGCUGGGCGAGAACCUCACGGAUGAGGAGCUGCAGGAAAUGAUCGACGAGGCCGAUCGGGACGGGGACGGCGAGGUGAACGAGGAGGAGUUUCUGAAGAUCAUGAAGAAGACCAGCCUCUAUUAA